CGUUCAAAGCGCGGCUCGUGCGCCGGGGCCCGGGAACCGUUGCUGGAGCGGUUAUAGUGGCGCACCUACAAUUACUGCUGCUGCCGCUUCCGCCCGGUCACAGCGGCUCACCUGGAGUUACUGAAGUAGAUACAGCGGCUCACCCACUGUUACUGAAGUAGAUACAGCGGCUCACCCAGUGGUAUUGCUCGGAGUAACGUCUAUUCACCUUGUGCCCGGAAUGGUAACAGCAGUUCAUCCAGUACUUGUGGUCAGAGUAGUCUAGUAGCAUCGUGUAUUCACCCAGUGCUGCUGCACGGAGUAACGUCUGUUCACGUAACACUACUGCUCGGAGUGGUAACAAGAGUGGUAACCCCGUGUUUCUGCUCGGAGUAGCCCAGUGGCAACAGUCGCUGCCGCCGCCGCUGCCCGAAGUGGUCUUGGCAGUUCACCUGCUGCGGAAAAAGAAAUGCCUUCUCGCCUGGAAGACUACGAGCUGUUGGAGAGCAUAGGCUCCGGCUCCUACGGCAGAUGCCAGAAAAUCCGGAGGAAGUCUGACUGUAAGGUCCUUGUUUGGAAAGAGAUGGAUUAUGGAUCAAUGUCUGAAGCAGAGAAACAGAUGCUUGUAUCUGAGGUGAACUUGCUUCGUGAGCUUAAGCAUCCAAAUAUCGUUCGCUACUAUGACCGAAUUAUUGACAGAACAAAUACAACGUUGUACAUUGUAAUGGAGUUCUGUGAAGGAGGCGACCUGGCCAGUCUGAUUAGCAAGUGCAUACGGGAAAGGCGGUAUGUAGAAGAAGAAUUUGCCUUGCGGGUCCUUGCUCAGAUUGCUCUGGCCUUGCGGGAAUGCCACAGACGCUCAGAAAAUGGCCGUACAGUGCUACAUCGAGAUCUCAAACCUGCAAAUGUCUUUCUUGACGUACACCAUAAUGUCAAAUUAGGUGAUUUUGGUUUGGCUAGGAUUUUGCAACAUGACACUAGUUUCGCCAAAACAUUUGUUGGCACGCCGUAUUACAUGUCUCCAGAACAAAUUAAUCAUAUGUCCUACAAUGAGAAGUCUGACAUAUGGUCUCUGGGAUGUUUGCUGUAUGAACUUUGUGCUCUUACCCCACCUUUCACUGCAUUUAACCAGAAGGAAUUAGCAGAGAAAAUAAGGGAAGGCAAAUUUAGAAGAAUACCAUUUCGCUACUCAGAUGACCUCAAUGAUCUCCUUGGUAGAAUGUUAAAUCUUAAGGAUUACUUGAGGCCAACUGUGGAUGAACUAAUGGAGCAUUUCUUGAUUGCAAAUUUGGUGGCUGAAGAACAGCGCAAAAUCUCAGCUGAAAGGAGAGGGAGUAAAUGUCUGGAUAAUGAUAAUUUCCAGGACAGUAACCCACUGAUGGCUGAACUCAAACUUAAAGAGGAUCAACUUCACAAUAGGGCGAAGGCCUUGAAAGAACGAGAAGAACUUCUUGAACAACGUGAACGAGAACUUUGCAUCCGAGAGAGGCUGGCAGAGGAAAAGUUUUCUAGAGCAGAGAGCUUACUAAACAACUACACCCUGAUGAAGCAACAGCAAAAAAUAAAGAUGCCAGUUGGUCGAUUAGAUGAUUACAUAGACACCGAAACCUCACCAGGGAAGAGGAAAGUUCAUUUUGCAGGAGAAAGUAAAGAGAACAUUCACUUUAAGGAAACUGAUGUAACAAAACAACUUCUUAAUAAACCAAAGAACUUGGAUCUGAAGAAAAGAUUACAGGCUGCCAACUUGCGAGCCAGAGCAUUAUGUGAAAUGGAAAAAAAUUAUCAGCUAAAAAGCAGACAGCUUCUGGGGAUGCGCUAACUUAAUUUUAUCAUUGACAAUAUAUUUUAAAAUGCAGAUUCUUUGAAAAGCUGUCGUCCAUCAUGGGGCCAACUAUUUUUUAACUCAUGAAGGUGAAGACUGAACAUUUAUGAUCUUAAACCUACGCUCGGAAAUGAAAAUAAACUUCUUGCUAUCGGCAUAUGAAAGAUCAACCAAUUGCAUUAUCCAGCAUGAUAAUUCACUUUUCCUCGUGACGUGUUCUUUUCCCUUUGAUUCUCACUGUGCAAGUCACAGAUCUCUUUCCCCAUAAUACAAUUAUUCUUCAUCUUUUUGGAACUUUACUUCUGAAUUUUACACAGUUAAAACCACAAACUAUACACCAUGCUGUUAGAUGGUUGUCCAAUAUUAUUUUUUUUUAAGAUUUUGCACUGGCACUGCUGUUGCAUUUUGUGAGAUCAGUUGAGUUGUAAAAUAUUAUUUUCAGAUAUCUUGUGUCUUAGUUUGUGUUAAAUAGUGUUUUUGCUUUGAAAAUAUUAUUUUUUUCAUAGUAAGAUAUACAAUGUAUAAACAGAUUUCUAAAUUGCAGUGUGUGGUCCUGUAUUUAAACAUUUGUAUCUGUAAUUAAGAUGGUAACUCAGAAUCUGAUAAUGUAACCACUCUCUUUUAGAGAAAAUAAAAUUUGGUCUGGAUGUUUAACCAAUAUGACCAAUUUUAUUUCCCCAACAAAGUUGAAAGUUGCACACUUUUUUUGGAUGAUGUAAAGCCGGUGGUUGGUUUUCCAUUAUUUAAGUUUAAUAAAAGUUUAAAUUUCUGAGAAUGUAAGCAGGGGCUAAGCCAAUCAGACCUUCAAGCCUGAUAUAUUCAAUAAAAUUAUGGUUGACCCAAUGUUGUAUCAGCAUCA